UUGAUACGCGAAGGGAUGAGGUUGACAGAUUUUGUGUGAUUUCAUUUUGUGUUAUAAAGCAGAAAUAAUUUAAAUUUAAAACUCAGAAAUGUCCGAAAGGAAUGAACUUGUAUCCCAGUUUUCUGAUGUUACCGGAGUCGAUGGCGAAAGAGCAAGAUUUUAUCUAGAAUCAUCAGCAUGGCAAUUAGAAGUUGCACUCGCAAGCUUCUAUGAAAACGACGGCGAGGCGAAUCCCGUCCCGGGGGAUGAUUCCGAUGUGAUGGUGGAACCGCCCACGCCCCCUCAGGACACCUCCCCGCCGCCCCCGCCAAGGACGACUGCCCCCAAGCCGGCCACCGCGUCGUCUAGGCUGUGCACGCUGGCGGAGCUGACGCGCGCCACCAGCGACAGCUCGGACGAGGAGGAGGGGCAGGCCUUCUACGCGGGCGGCUCGGAGCACAGCGGCCAGCAGGUGCUGGGGCCGGGCAAGAAGAAGAAGAACAUCGUGUCCGCCAUGUUCAAGUCCGUGAAGGAGCACGGGGCUGAAGUCGUCGACCUCAUCAGCCGCAAGGGGGGCCGGUCGUCCACGUUCAGUGGGGCCGGGUACAGGCUGGGCCAGUCCAGCAACGACACUGAAGUGAUCGGGCUGGCCUCCAGCGACCGACGUCAGUCCCACACCGAGGUGGUGCUCAAGAUGUGGAAGGAAGGCUUCAGCAUCAACGACGGCCCGCUGAGGAGGUACUCGGACCCGGACAACAGGGAGUUCCUGACGUCUGUGCGCAACGGAGAGAUCCCGAUGGAACUGCUACGAGAAGGACUUGGCAGCGAGAUUCACCUGAACAUGGAAGAUCACAGUCAUGAUGAGUUCAAAGUUCAGAAGCAGAAACUUCAAGCCUUUUCCGGGAAGGGCCAUCUUCUGGGAAGCCCUGCACCGGCCGCCGUCGGAACGGUGAAGCCCCUGGACGAGAAGGACCGGGCAGCCAACGAGGAGCAGGCGAAGAGCAGCGUCGCCCUGAACCCAGGGGAGCCUGUGACCACGAUCCAGGUCCGCCUGGCGGACGGCUCGCGGCUGGUCGGCCAGUUCAACCACACCCACACCAUUGGGGAUGUCCGCAGGUUCAUCGUCACAGCUCGGCCUCAGUACCAGAACCUGUCGUUUAAUUUGCUCACGACUUUCCCUAGCAAAGAGCUCUCGGACGACGGAGCCAAACUGUCUGAUGCCGGCGUUCUCAACGCCACAGUCAUGCAGAGGUUAACAUAAUGGUAGAGUGUGUUUGUGAAAUGAUUUUUGUUACGCUUUUUCUAUGAUUCACGUCAUGAAAAAACUUAAAAACGUAUCGUACUGUGCAGCUAAACAGAUGCAGUACAUAUUUGUGGUUUUGAGAUUCAAGGUAUGCACAGCUUUUAUUGUUUCAGUAAAUAUGCUUGGACUGAAGAGUUAGAUUUGUUGACAAUUUUCUUUAUUAUUUUCACUGUAAGUUUACACACAGGUCUUCAUUUCUCUGUGUUCAAUCAUAAAUUUUGAGUCAAUUUUUCUACUCAAAAAUGUACCAUUUCACUUGAAAAUAAAUGUGAUGUUGCAUACCUA